AUGUCAGGAGGAAACAUUAGACAAAGAGAACAAUUACCAGAUCCAAAUGAAAGAACAGAACGUUUGACAACACCUUAUAUGACUAAAUAUGAGCGAGCAAGAGUAUUGGGAACAAGAGCCUUACAGAUUAGCUUAAACGCGCCUGUGAUGGUUGAACUGAAUGGAGAAACAGACGCAUUGGCUAUUGCUAAUCGGGAAUUAAGAGAAAAGAGGCUUCCAUUGACCAUUCGUCGUUAUAUGCCAGAUGGUACCUAUGAAGACUGGAAAGUCAGAGAUUUGAUCGUCGAUUAA